AUGUCGCAUGGAUCUGUUGAACUUGUGUGGCAUUUGCUACAGGUCCUGCACGAGGUCAUGCAAAGCAAGGCCUCGGAGCUGCGGAAGUUGAUGGAUGCCGGAGCACAGGAAUGGAAGGAAAAGUACAGCAUUGAGUGCGAACGCAGACGGAAGUUGCACAAUUUGGUGCAGGAAUUGAAAGGCAACAUCCGCGUCUACUGUCGCGUUCGGCCCAUGACUGACGCCGAGGCAGCGAAUGGCUGCUGUAUCUCAUUUCCAGCUCCGGACGAGAUUAAGAUCAACAAUCCGGAGCUGGGGGUCACCAAGUCGUGGCAGUUCAAUGAGAUCUAUCGGCAGAAUUCGAAGCAGGAAGACCUGUUCAGCGGCAUUCGGGACCUGGUGGUGUCAAUGCUGGACGGCUACAACGUAUGCAUGUUUGCCUAUGGCCAGACUGGUUCUGGAAAGACUUUCUCCAUGCAAGGUUCAGCGGACAAUCCUGGUGUCUACACCCGGACUUUCAAUGAGCUCUUCAAGGUUGCGAAAGAACGCUCGGCAUGGAAGAUCGAAUUGAAAGGUGCAUGUGUGGAGAUCUACAAUGAGGAAAUCCGCGAUCUUUUGUUGGGGCCAAAUGACAAGAAGCAGAAGCUGCAGGUCCGUCAGGGGAAGGAGGGCAACCAUGUUCCUGGCCUUACCCUACAGCCAGUGAACACCGUUGCGGAAGUGGAGCAACUUCUCAACACGGCUCAAGCGAACCGAACGGUCGCAUCAACUGACAUGAACCUGCAUUCUUCGCGGUCCCAUUUGGCAGUUCAGAUUUUGGGCACGAUGACAAAUCCCGAGGGGAAGCAGUUCUCCUCAGCCAUCACGCUGGUGGAUCUGGCGGGCUCCGAACGCUUGGCCAAGUCGGGGGUGUCGGGUGAUCGGCAAAAGGAGGCGAUCAAGAUCAAUCAAUCCUUGAGCGCACUCGGCGAUGUCAUUGCUGCAAGGGCGCAGAAGAAUGCGCACACACCAUACAGGAACUCAGUGCUGACUCACUUCCUGCAGGAUUCCUUGGGCGGCGAUUCAAAGACCUUGAUGCUGCUCCAGAUCAAUCCCUGUGCCAGUCAUGUGGAGGAGUCCAUGUGUUCAUUGACCUUUGGUGCUCGCGUCAAUGCGGUUGAGAUGAAGAAGUCUUGA